UGAUACACAGAGUGGAGUGUAUACAGUGUGUGUAGUGACCGUGAGUGUAUAGUUAGUGACCAGCGAUGACGGUCAAGUUGUCGUCCAUCUGUGGGGUGCAUGUCUAACAACAGAACUGGGGCUGAGAUGAUAGCAGGGCCUGACCAACACUCGAAUGUGCCUACUGAGGCGACGGCUUUCCUGGGCGCGGUUGCAGCGUUCCUAGUGCUGUUGUUGGUAUUCUUCUUGUACUUCAAUAAGAAAUGGUGCUUCUACGCUAUCACGUGUUGUGACGACCCGCCACCCAUCUCCAGCUCUGCCAAGGAGCUAGGCAAGGCGUAUCGUGUGGACCCAGACACCAGCUCGGACAGUGAGGAGGAUGUACUGCGGAGACUACAACACUCCCAGAGUUUCCAGACGUCCAGACUACUACCUGACCCCACGACCCCGGGGCCCUCACACAGGCAGACAGGACCUACAAAGGGAGCAGAUCUGAUGUCCUUGGCAGAAAAGGGCAAGGUGGGUCGAGCAGGCAGCAGUGCCAGUUCCAGUUGCAGCACCACGAGUGGUGAGGACGACAGUCAUGGCAUGCGACAUCGAGACAAUCGCAGACCCAGCUAUCACAAGCAAACUAGCGUAGAUGAAGAAAUCGCACCUCUAGUCUCCAACACCAACAGUCAAGAUUGUAUAGUGGUGGUGGGGCAGGAGCCGUUGUUUGAUGUGACGGAUCUACAGAGCAUGGGCACAGUGGACAUGGCGCGAUGUGGAGCUGUAGAAGUUGCAUUUGCUUACGAUGCUCCCAUGCGCAAGAUGACUGUACACGUGUUGCAAGCUCGAGACAUUCCGGCCAAGGACCGUGGCGGCGCUUCUCACACUCAGGUCAGAAUUUUACUUCUUCCAAGCAAGAAGCAGAAGCACAAAAGUAAGAUUCGACAUGGAGAAAACCCUCAGUUUAUGGAAAGCUUUUUAUUUCAUAGAGUAAAUCCAGAGGAUGUCAACAGCAUGGGCAUCCGACUUAGGCUGUAUGGUUGCGAGAGGAUGAGGCGGGAGAGAAUGAUUGGAGAAACUAUCAUGAGCUUCUCUUGUGUCAAUUUGGAGUUAGAGAGUAACAUGUGGCUUCCCCUGGAACCACGAUCAAACAUUACUUUGAACACGUCGUCGUCAGACCUCUUGUCUCUAGCCCGGAGUGAUAGUACAGGCUCCACACACUCCAUGCAGCAUGGGGGAGUGCCGGAGUUGCUGAUAGGACUGGCAUACAACGGCACCACCGGCCGUCUUGCCAUAGAGAUUGUUAAAGGCAGCCAUUUCAGAAACCUGGCGAUGACGCGAGCCCCAGACACUUACGUCAAGUUAACACUAGUCAGCAGUAUGGGGCAGGAGAUGGCUCGUAGCAAAACUUCUGUGAGACGAGGCCAGCCUAACCCACUCUUCAAGGAGACAUUCAUGUUCCAGGUAGCUCUUUUCCAGUUGCCAGACGUGACUCUCAUGAUAGCUGUGUACAACAAGCGGUCCAUGAAGCGCAAGGAGAUGAUCGGAUGGUUCUCUCUGGGGCUGAACAGUUCCGGAGAGGAAGAGUUGGCUCACUGGGAGGAUAUGAGACAGGUCCGGGGAGAACAGAUCUGCAGAUGGCACAUCCUGGUGGACUCGUAGACUUGCUAUUUGUCACGCUACUGAAUGUACACAAUGUUUCUGGACUGUACAGGAGUAAGUCUGUUACAUCAAUAUGUGUGUUAUAGACAUGGAUGGACAAUGAUUCUCAUAAUGACGUGUAUAUUUUUACAGCAACAGAAAAGAAAUAGAUAAGGAUUUUUGUUUUACAGUGCAGGUUUGUGUGUACAGUAUUUUUUUUUUACAAUCUUACUUAUUUGUGUAAUUAUGAAAGCAGUGUUUUGAACUGGGUGAAUAUGAGUGUUCAGACUAAGUGUAUGUUUUCUUAAGACAAGAUUGUUAAUUUAUUUACUCUACUGUUCUUUCUUGUUGUUUUCUUAUUUGGAUGUUUCCACAACUUUAUACUCUACUGUCGUGAUGUUAUAACCAAACAUAAUUCUUGGACUUUUAUUGCAAAUAAAUGUACAGAAUAUUGCUGUUUAAAUCAAUUAAAUCAAAAUAUUGAUAAAUAAAUAUAAAAUCAUGAAAUGACAGUAAUUAAAAUAUACAGGGUCGACAAAAUGGAUAAAGCAAGCAGUUUCACUUGUGUAGAACUCCGGCUGUAUAGGUUAUACUGUAUAUGUGGACACUUUUUGUCUUGUUGGCAUCGGUCACUCAUACCAUUUCAGUACCGGUAGCCAUCAUGGUUUGGCAUGAGGCGAAUAUCCAGUAGACUAUACCUACUCAACUAUCCCUGCUGCUCUUACAACUCAACAUUCGUCAGUGUUCUCUUAGAACUUGGUUGUCCAUGUUUCUUGGUGUUAGAAUGAUACCGCUUUCUUCCACAUUGUUUACCCACUCUUGUUUUAUGUUUCAACUAUGAACAGUGUCGUGUCAUGGAAUAAAUCCGCGUCUGCAAAAAAUCUACUUGCGUCUACCACUAACUUAUUCUUUUGUAAAUCCACACAUAGUGCAUACUGCAUAACCUCAAGGUUGCCUGGUCUAAAACGUGAUGGCUACUGAAAUGGUAUGAGUGACUGAUGACAACAAUACCUGUGUUAGCCAGAGUUCUACACAAGUCAAACUGCUUAAACCAUUUUUCCCAACCCUGUAUUAUGAUGUGAUCUGUUAGCUUUUAACUGUGUUAUAUAAAAUAUCUGUCUAAAGAGGGACGUCUGUAAGAGGUUUUCAAUUUAUGACAAUCUUUGAUAAAUAUUUUGCCUUUGCCAUGUUUUGUCAGCGUGUAAACCAAUGUUGGUGGCUGCAUGAACUGAUUGAUGUUUCUAUUAUUGCUAACAAUGUUCACUGUUAAGAUUAAUAUACCCUAGCUUAACCAGCGAGUUUCAUACAAACAAAAAUGGAGUUUAUAGAAAAUUUGGCAGUAUAAUGGAAAACUUAGUUAUUACAAAAGAUCUUUUGGUAGUAAGAAUUUUAAUAAGACUUUAUGGAUCAUUGACCUUAAGAUACUGCAGAAGAGGUCUCAUCUAUGUAUACCAGCUGUAGCCUUUUUUUUAAGAACAUAUUUGAAUGAAUAAUACACACAGAAUGUGCUACAGCCUAAAAUUAUAUUUUCAAUUU